CGUCGUCGCCUAUCCACUUCCCAGAACGAUCAGCAGCAGCAACAACACCAGCAACAGCAACGUUGUUCGUCUGGUACAACUGCCGAACCAUCGGGUGGACUUGAAGCAUUCUCGACGACGUCUAGCCUCGUUUCUGGUUCGUCUCAGUUGUACACAUCAACCGAACAACAGCAGCACCACCACCAGCAGCAGCAGCAACAACAAGCACCGAUUCAGUCAGCAACCGCUAUCCCAAUACCAACCGCACAACUGAGUGCCUCAUCGAUUUGCUCAACGUCAUCCUGUUCCGUUCAGCAUCGCUCACGUACCGCUUCGAUGGAGUCGAAUAAGUCCGAGAAACGUUACUCGAAACGACAACUCGUAAGUGAUUUUUAA